CGAGGUAGCCUGUUUCAUAUCGGUCGAUCAAGAUGGCUCUCUCAGUGGACACCGUGAAUGGCCGUGAGUACAAGGUCAAGGAUAUUGCUGAGGCGAAUUUUGGUCGCAUCGAGAUUGAGCUGGCCGAGGCGGAGAUGCCGGGUCUGAUGGCUUGCCGCACCGAGUUUGGCCCUGCCCAGCCGUUCAAGGGUGCUAAGAUCACGGGCUCUCUGCACAUGACCAUCCAGACUGCCGUGCUGAUCGAGACCCUUACGGCGCUUGGUGCUGAGGUCCGGUGGUGCUCGUGCAACAUUUUCUCCACCCAGGACCAUGCUGCGGCUGCCAUUGCCCGCGAUUCGGCUGCCGUGUUUGCUUGGAAGGGCGAGACCCUGGAGGAGUACUGGUGGUGCACAGAGCAGGCCCUUACUUGGGAGGGCUGUGACGGCCCCGAUCUCCUUGUUGAUGACGGUGGUGAUGCCACCCUGCUUAUCCACGAGGGUGUCAAGGCCGAGGCUGCUUUUGCCAAGGACGGUACUUUGCCUGACCCAGAUAGCACCGAUAAUGCUGAGUUCAAGAUCGUGCUGGCUCUGAUCCGCGACACCAUUAAGAAGGAUCCCACCAAGUGGACGCGCAUGUCGACGAAGGUUGUGGGUGUAUCGGAGGAGACGACCACGGGCGUGAAGCGUCUGUACGAGAUGCAGACCAGUGGCGCUCUGCUGUUCCCAGCGAUUAACGUCAACGACUCGGUCACCAAGUCCAAGUUCGAUAACGUGUAUGGCUGCCGUCACUCCCUGCCCGAUGGCAUCAUGCGCGCCACGGACGUGAUGAUUGCUGGCAAGACUGCCUUCAUUGCCGGCUACGGUGAUGUCGGCAAGGGUUGCGCGUCGGCUAUGAAGGCGGCGGGCGCCCGCGUCAUCGUGUCGGAGAUUGACCCUAUUUGUGCGCUGCAGGCCUGCAUGGAGGGCUACCAGGUCCUGCCUCUGGAGGAUGUUGUCGAGACUGUCGAUAUCUUCGUGACUACGACCGGCAACAAGGACAUCAUCAUGGCUCAGCACAUGGCUAAGAUGAAGAAUAACGCCAUCGUUGGCAACAUUGGUCACUUCGACAAUGAGGUUGAUAUGGCGGGCCUGUACGCUUUCCCUGGCAUUAAGCGCCAGAAUAUCAAGCCCCAGGUCGACCGCUUCAUCUUCCCGGACGGCCACGCAGUCAUUAUCCUUGCGGAGGGCCGUCUGUUGAACCUGGGCUGCGCCACUGGCCACCCCUCGUUCGUCAUGUCGUGCUCGUUUACUAACCAGGUCAUUGCCCAGUUGGAGCUUUGGAACGAGCGCAGCAGCGGCCGCUACGAGAAGAAGGUCUACGUGCUUCCCAAGCACCUGGACGAGAAGGUAGCGGCGCUGCACCUGCCCAAGCUGGGUGCCAAGCUCACGCGCCUGUCACCCGAGCAGGCUACCUACAUCAACGUUCCGGUCGAUGGCCCCUACAAGCCGCUGCACUACCGCUACUAAGCAAAUUAUUUUUUUCCUGCUCAAUGCAAAAUGGUUGGCUUAAACAAUACCUAGGCGCAGCAAUGGCACACCUGGGGAGCUGGAUAGGUGUGGUCCUUCUGCCGGUGGUAGUGAUAAUUGCGAUGGUCCAGGAUUAUAUGCUCGUAAAAAAGCACAGCUGCGGUGUUUUGUGUGAAGCAUUUAUUUAGGGCGAAGGCGCAGGGGCGGAAAAUUAUCACGGACACGCAAUACUGGUGGUAAUUCACGCACCGCCGGUGUUGGCGUGUUUUGCGAUGUUUCAAUGAAGACGAAGCUCAAUAGGGUACGACCGUUUGGCUAGUAGCGUAUGUCGUGUCGUUAUAGCCUGAGGCGUAUUCUACGCUGUCCUUUCGACAACAGCAGCAGCACAUCCAUAAUGGACAUAGUGCGCAUAUGGCAGCUUGUCCUGUAACGUUGCGGGAUUGGAAUGUUGGCUACUACAGCGUCCUGUGGCGUCCUCGUGAGAUUAUGAUGCAACACGCCGACACUUAGCGGAUGUGUCCGGACGUUUUUUUAUUAUUAUCCUAUGAUGAUGAGGUACGGAUGUAAAUUCCGGACGGCCUUCCUGACGCGAUGCCUGGUUUUUGUUUCAAGACCGCAGUGUUUUGACGGCAUCGUGACUUCGCGUGAAACGGUCGAUGGUGCGAAAUGCAGGACGUUGCUUGGAAUAUAUGAUAGUGAUGC